AUGGUUCGUCAGUCUGCCGUCACCGAGGCAUGUCUUUUUUUCCUUUUACGCCAAGGCCUUGUGCCGGCCGUCAUCACGAAGCAUUGCAUGCCGGCCGACAGCCAGCAAACGUCUCUUCUGCCUCAUCUCGCCCUGGACCAACUCUGA